CAACUGAGGACCUUAAUUAAGUUAGGCAAGGGACCCAGGGUAGAUACCCCAACCUUCUCUCACCUUCCUUGGCACUACUUUAUCCCUCGAGUUCUCUUGAUUCGGUGAACCCCGCUCUUCAAUAGGCCCUUCCCCAACCAUUCGGGUCUCUACUCACCAUGGCCACUGCUAAGGACGUGCCCUACCAUCUCAUCUACUGGCCGGGCAUUCCCGGCCGCGGCGAGCACAUCCGGCUCGUCCUCGAAGAAGCCGGCGCCGCAUACAGCGACACGGCCUUUACCGAGGGCGGCAUUGGCGAGGUGCUCGCAUUCAUCCAGGGCGAGACGCCCGAUGACGGCAUCAACCCCCCGGUCUUCGCACCCCCGAUCCUCAAGCACGGUGAGCUUGUGAUCAGCCAGACCCCGAACAUUCUACAGUACCUCGGCGGCCGCCUGGGGCUCGUGCCGGACCCCGAAAAGGACCGGGACGGCCUCUACCGAGUCAACUCGCUGGCGCUGACGGCCCUGGACGGCCUGAGCAACGAGCCGCACGACUGCCACCACCCCAUCGCUUCGGGCCUUUAUUACGAGGACCAGAAGCCGGAGAGCAAGAGGAGGAGCGAGGACUACGUCAAGAAUCGGCUGCCCAGGUUCCUGACCUACUUCGAGCGCGUGCUCCGGUCCAGGUCCAGUGGCGAAGGCCCCUGGCUCUACGGCGGAAACCUGACGUACGCCGACCUCGUGCUCUUCCAGUGCGUGGAUGGUCUCAAGUUCAUGUUCCCAAAGGCCAUGGCUAAGCUUGAGCGGGAAGGGGAGCACGCCAAGGUGUUUGCUCUUCACCAAGCCGUCGCAGAGCGGCCUAGAAUUGCGGCAUAUCUAAAGAGCCCCCGGAGGCAAAAGUACUCGAACGGCAUCUAUAGAUACUACGAGGAGCUCGACAUCGAACCAUAGAUGCAUUCCGAGAAAGGAGCUCUGUAAGUACGCUGGCGCAGAUUAUGCAGCAGUGGGUAGGAGAAAAAAAAAGGAACAAUUCAAAUGUGACGUGGCCG